UACCUGUUCCUUAGCAGGAAUAUUAAAAUGCUACACUUGCUUGGUCUGCAAAUAACCACCUGCAAAAUGUACCUGGAAGGGCAGAUCAGCCUUUCUAUGUUCCAAAGCAAGUCAUGGCCAGCAGUGUUGGGGUCCCUCCUGUGCAAACGUGGCAUGGCUCUGCUGGGAGGUUGUCGCUUUCCCCGGGGAAAGGAAAUUAAUGCUCGAAGACCUUUGAAUGUUGGUGUGGUUGGUACGAUAGAAUAUGGGAUAAUCUGAGGCAGAAGUCGUAAAGCUUUUUUUUUUUUUUUGGUAGGAAAGCAAAGGGGAGUAUUUCUGCACAGGCUUUGUUACCGCCCAAGCGCUUCCAGCUGUGCCCCAUACCUCCAAGUUGUAUGAAUUCUUCAGUGACCAAAUGCAUUAAGUAAUUUAAAAAUAGGGUCCUAAACCAGUCUGAAUUUGGGGAUUUCUCUGGCUGUGGUGUGCUGUGAGCAUGUUUGCUGUGGUGAGUCCCACCAGAGUCAAAGGUGCUGGAUGUGUCACGAAAAAAGAAAAAACCUGAAAAAGUUUAACCGGCAGCUUCCAGAUGCCCAUUUUCCACCUUCCCGACACGGCUGGUGUUCUUAAAACAUUGAUUUAAAAAAAAAAGAAAAAAAUCAGUUGUGCCGCGGCUCAGCGCCCCUUCCCCGGCGGCGGCCUGCGAGGGGGGGGUCCCACGGCCCGGGGGGGGUCCCACGGCCCGCGUGGGGCCGAUGCCCGCGGGCGGACCCGGCGGCGGGGGGCACGGGGGCCGCCCCCUCCCCGCGGAGCGCGGGCGGGGCGAGGCGGCGGCGGGGCCGCCCCCGGCGGUGGAGGCGGGCGGUCUCCCCCUCCGCGCCGCUCCGCGCCCCUCCGCGCCGCCGGUCUCCCCCAAGAUGGCCGCCGACGUGGGAUCGAUGUUUCGAUACCGGACGAGGUUUGAUGUCCGCCGCCGGCUCCAGGUGAUUGCACUUAGUAAGAGAAAUAAGGAGGCUGAGACGGCUUUCCUGAGCGUUUACAAGCAAUUAAUCGAAGCUCCAGGUAAGCAACGCGGUGGCGACCUGGCUGCCUAACGAGUUGCGUGCCGGCGCCAGUGCCGAGAGGAGCCAGCGAGGACCGCGGCAGCGCUGCCGGCCCCGUCCCCGGCGUGGCUGGCAUCGCCGACCUCCGCUCGCGCAUGGUGCUCUGGAAAUACCAGCCGAAGAGAGGAGUGGAAACAGCUUUUGCCAUCGCUGUGUUUCAGCCCCUGAGCCAAAUGCAUCUUGACAUUAGGAAAGGAAUACAUUUGCUCAGCCCUUGUAAUAACACUGCGGCUAUCCCCAGUUGUCUUUUUGACGACCCUGCUCCUGUGCUGGAGGCUGCCCGGAGCCUGGAGGACCGGCUGCAGCAGCUCCAGCGCCUCGAGCCUGAAACCGGCCCCCUGAAGGACCUCAGACACCCCUGGAAGAAGCACCCAGAGCUUAUCAGCACCAAAGAGCGCAGAGAGGAGACAUUGCCGGCGGCCAGGCUUGCGGCAGCGGCUGAGCCCCUGCUCUCCAGUAUCGACGGCAAAGCACUGUGCGCAGAAACCUUGCUGCAGAGAAAUGAGGCAGAAAAGCAAAAGGGGCUGCAGGAAGCACAGGUCACUUUGGCCACUCGGCUGGGGGAGGCAGAGGAGAAGAUCAAAGUGCUCCAUGCAGCGCUGAAGGCCACCCAGACAGAGCUGCUGGAGUUGCGGUGUAAAUAUGACGAAGAAGCUGCAUCCAAGGCAGAUGAAGUAGCCAUGAUCAUGACGAACCUUGAAAAAGCCAACCAGCGAGCGGAAGCGGCGCAGAGGGAGGUGGAGAGCUUGAGGGAGCAGCUGGCGGCCGUAAACAGCUCCCUCCGCCUGGCCUGCUGCUCCCCGCCAGGCGCUGCCGGGCAGGACAAAGUGAACUAUUCCAUGUGCUCAGGGUCGAGGCUGGAGGUGGCUCUGGCUGCCAAAGACCGGGAGAUCCUGCGGCUCCUAAAGGAUAUCCAACACCUCCAGAGCUCGCUGCAGGAGCUGGAGGAGUCCUCUGCCAACCAGAUCGCUGAGCUGGAGGGCCAGCUGGCUGCCAAGAACGAAGCCAUCGAGAAGCUGGAGGAGAAGCUGCAGGCACAGGCAGACUACGAGGAGAUCAAAACGGAGCUGAGCAUCCUGAAGGCGAUGAAGGUGGCCUCCGCCAGCUGCAGCCUUCCCCAGGCAAGUGCCAUGGCGUGUGCUGACAUGCUGGCAGGGCUGGGACACGUGUGCCAGCCCUGCCACUGGUGGCUCCGCCACCCUUUCCCAUCUCGGCUUGGCUUCUUGCAGAGCAUAUCGAAGGCAGAGGAGGCCCUGCUGCUGGGGAAGGAGACUUUCUACCCCUCCCAGAAGUACCUGCUGGAGAAGCCCAGCCUGCUGGCCAGCACUGAGGAGGAUCACUCUGAAGACGAGUCGGGAAAGGAUUCGCUGGGCAUGGAGCAGCCGUACCCAUCCCCCCAGCACGCCCCGGCAGACGAACCCGCCUCCCCCACUCCCGUCCCGCCUCUGCCUGGCCCUGGCCUGGCCCCCGACGGCCCCCGGACUUUCUCAUUGUCCCCCUUCCCAGGGGGUGACCGGCUUUCAGGGGACCCCAAGACCCCCCACCUCCCACCACCUGCCUACAAGAGUGAGAGUGCCAGCGGGGGGCCGCCCUUCCCCUCCACCUUCUUUGGGGCCAAAAGCAGUGCCAUGCCCCCCGGCACUGUGCCGGCUGCCAGUGCCACCAGCCCGCCCAGCGAGCCAUCCGAGAGCAGCACCAGCAGCUCUGCUGAGGAGGAGCAGCUGGACACGGCCGAAAUCGCCUUCCAGGUGAAGGAGCAGCUGCUGAAGCACAACAUCGGGCAGAGGGUCUUCGGGCAUUACGUGCUGGGGCUGUCGCAGGGCUCCGUCAGCGAGAUCCUGGCCCGGCCCAAGCCCUGGCGCAAGCUGACAGUAAAGGGAAAGGAGCCAUUCAUCAAGAUGAAGCAGUUCCUCUCCGAUGAGCAGAACGUGCUGGCCCUGAGGACUAUCCAGGUGCGCCAGAGAGGUAGUAUUACGCCGCGGAUCAGAACGCCAGAGACCGGCUCUGACGAUGCCAUCAAAAGCAUCCUGGAGCAGGCGAAGAAGGAGAUCGAGUCACAGAAGGGGGGUGAACCCAAAACGCCAUCAGCAUCACAGGCGCUGGCCAAUGGGUCGAGCGGCAGCAGCUCGGAGGACGCCAUCAAGAGCAUCCUGGAGCAGGCGCGGCGGGAGAUGCAGGCACAGCAGCAGGCACUGCUGGAGAUGGAGUCGGGGGGCAGCGGGUGCCCUGGGGACACACCACCCACCGAGCGCUCCACGCUGGCUGCCGUCAACCAGAACAUUGUCCCGACCUUUGUCAAGCAGGAGGAGGGGAGCGGGGCCAGCCCCGGCCCCCCACAGACACCCCUGGCUGUCCUCUCACCUGCUGCCUUCGUCCAGAGCAUCAUCCGGAAGGUGAAGUCGGAGAUCGGUGAUGCUGGCUCCUACUUCGACCAGCACUGGGCAUCAGAGCGGAGCCUGCUCAGCCGACCCUACACCUCCGUCUCGCCUUCGCUCUCCUCAUCCUCCUCAAGCUACUCCAGCAUGGCCAACGGCCGGGGCUGGCAGCGAGGUGAGCCUGGCGAGGGUGGUGCCAAUGAGGAUGAGCUGCCACCUGCAGAUGAUGACCCCCACCGGCUGACGGAGAUGAAGACGGAGGGAGCCGGCACGGAGCCAGCAGCUGGCAGUCGUCUCUCCUACUAUCCUGCCUAUGUGCCACGGACCCUGAAACCUACUGUUCCACCACUGACGCCAGAGCAGUACGAGAUGUACAUGUACAGGGAGGUGGACACACUGGAGCUGACCCGGCAGGUCAAGGAAAAGUUGGCCAAGAACGGCAUCUGCCAGAGGAUCUUCGGAGAGAAGGUGCUGGGCCUGUCCCAGGGCAGCGUGAGUGACAUGCUGUCACGGCCCAAGCCAUGGAGCAAGCUGACACAGAAAGGUCGGGAGCCCUUCAUCCGCAUGCAGCUCUGGCUGACCGACCAGCUGGGCCAAGGCAUCAGCCAGCAGCCAGCCCCCUCUCAGGCCAGCCUGGCGGAGCCCCAGCCGUCCCCCUCACCACCCCCCAGCCCCACUGAGCAUGAGAAGGGCUGCCAGGAGCCCCUCACCCUGGCCUUGGAGAGCAGCAAAGAAAACCAGCAGCCUGAGAGCCGGUCAACGCCUGCACUGGGUGGGAAGAUGUACCCCAACAAUCAGGGACCUGUGGGCAUACAGGAGAUCGUCGCCAUGUCCCCCGAGCUGGACACCUACUCCAUCACCAAGAAGGUCAAGGAGGUCUUGACGGACAACAAUUUAGGCCAGCGGCUGUUCGGGGAGAGCAUCCUGGGCCUGACGCAGGGCUCGGUGUCCGAUCUCCUCUCCAGGCCCAAGCCGUGGCACAAGCUGAGCCUGAAGGGGAGGGAGCCCUUCGUCCGCAUGCAGCUCUGGCUCAACGACCCCCACAACGUGGAGAAGCUGCGCGACAUGAAGAAGCUGGAAAAGAAAGCCUACCUGAAACGUCGGUACGGGCUGAUGAGCGCCGGCUCAGACAGCGAGUCCCCCAGUACCCGCUCUGAGUGCACCAGCCCCAGUCUGCAGCCGCAGGACCUCAGCCUCCUCCAGAUCAAGAAGCCACGGGUGGUGCUGGCCCCAGAGGAGAAGGAAGCCCUGAAGAAAGCCUACCAGCUGGAGCCCUACCCCUCCCAGCAAACCAUCGAGCUGCUCUCCUUCCAGCUUAACCUCAAGACCAACACCGUCAUCAACUGGUUCCACAACUACAGGUCGCGGAUGCGCCGGGAGAUGCUGGUGGAGGGCACGCAGGACAAUGACACAGACCCGGACCCAGACCAGAGUGGCGGGGCGGCCAUCCCUGGGCGCCGGGCCCCCCACAGCCCUGAUUCGGACGCCGAGGAGCGUAAACCUGUGUUUGGGGGGGGUGAGCACCCCUGCGCUGCUGUGCCCAUGAAGGUGAAGGAAGAGCAAGGGGAGGCGGGCAGCUGGGGCCGCCGGCGGGACUCACGCAGCCCGGCCGGGGCGGCCGAGGGGACCGGACCUCCCCAGGAGGAGCGGGGAGCAGCCCCCCAUGCCGCUGCCCCCAGUGCCAGCAGCCUCCCGCGGCGGGGGGGCCGUGCCAGUGCCACCGGGGGACCCGCACCACCACCACUGCCGCACCCUGACAGCUCCCAGUCCUCUGCGGGGUCGUCCCGUUGCAGUUUGGAGGUCUCCCCGACAUCGCCCUCAGCAGCCUCCUCGCCUGGCCUCGCCGGCUCAGCCUCACCGGGGCCAUCCUCCGCCGGGCCGGUUUCACCAGCGCUCCCACCAGCCCCCGGCCCGCGGCUCAGCACCAGCGUCCAGCGGCGCCACGAGAAGAUGGCCAACCUCAACAACAUCAUCCACCGCCUGGAGCGGGCCGCCAACCGCGAGGAGGCCCUCGAGUGGGAGUUCUGAGUCCCCCCGACGCCCUAAAUAUAUAUACACACCCAUAUAUAUAUAUUUUGUUAAAUGCAGCGUGCACUGAGAGGCAAGAGGCAGCCGGUGCGACGGAGGGGAGCACCCAUGGAAAGGGGGGGCCCCUGCUACAAAGCCACCCCCCUGCUUUGUUUUAAAUGUGAAAAACUGGGAACAAUUUUAGAAAAGAAAAGAAAAAAAAAAAACAAAAAAUAUUUAUAGACCUCUUUUAGAUAUUUUAAUAAAAGGAUACUUUGGAAUUUAUUAACAGCUUAAGCUGCUUUGAUAUUAAAGAUAGAUAUAAAAUCAAGAUGAUGUAGCAGUCGUGUCAUUAAAUGUACACUGAAGUCUUGUAGUUUGCCACUGGAUGAGAUUAAAAAAAAAUCAGACAAAAAUGCCCCACAGAAAAGACUUAUUGAGCAAAGCCAUCAAGAAGCACUAUGAGACUGACCAAAUGUAAGAAACUUUCGCCGAGCAGAUUCCAUCUCUGUCUGUAAGACACUGCAUCGCUUCUGCCCCAGCCAGAGACUGCGUCAUAGUCCCUGAAGACUCUAAAGCAAAAACCUUGAUGCCAUCGAGUAUGUAUUUAGUUCUGGUGGUUUAUGUUUUUUGAAACCUUUGUAACACAGAAUGUCCCGUGCGGUUGUGUAUGUUGUAGAAAUGUCUGCAAUAGCCUUCUGGAACAAGAUGUAGCAUGGUCUGAAUGCCGUCCCUUGCGCUUCCUCCAGCCAGCAACCGGUGGCAGCCCCUUCCAGCUGGCGAAGUGCAGCUCCUUCCAGGUCCCAAAGGAAGAGAAAAAAUAAUACAAAAACAAAGCAAGCAACCUGUGCUUGCGAAUUUGGGAGCAAGAUGAGAAGCGGUACCUGGGUGUGAUGCUUGGGGACAGCUCUGGCUCGCUGGGGAUGGACACUCAUGGGAUCCUGGUUCCCCGUGCUCUGCCAUUGUCCAUUUGGGAAAGAAAAAGAGAUGGCGCCUCUGAGCUUAGCUCCUGGGGCACUAGUGCUUGGGGACAAGCACCCAAAAAUCAUCAGCCACCUGCUCCCAGGGGGCCAAACAAUGCUUGGGGUUGCUCCCAGCAGCACAGCCAGCUCUUGCAGCUGAAGCACUUUUGUUUAGGGAGAGUGCCCGGGCAGGAGGAGUAUCCCCUUGCCAUGGCUGUGUCCCCAGGCGAUGGCUGCUGGUGAAGCCAGGAUAAGUCCUGGGGUGUCAUGCCAGGAUCCUGCCUGAAUUGGACAAGCUCAGACUGAAUUGGGCAAAGCACCAUCGAGCUUUGACUUUCCAGGGCUGACCCCUGUAAAGGCACAGGAGCUCAGCAGUGGCACCAUCCCCACUGUGGCAUGCUCCCCGCCACCUCCCCGAUCCCACCACCACCACCAGCUGGCCUCUGCUAAUGACAUGCCUUUAAACAACAUGGGGUGGCCUGUGCUGGGCUGCUCUGCCCUGUCCCCUGCCUGCACGGCAUCAGCCAUCACCCACCAAGUCCACCACUGUCGAGAGGGCUCCCCUGCCAGGCUCUGAGGCUAUGCAUCGACUAAUUUUCCACUGUAUACAUUUUUAUCAGAAUAGAAGGUAUUUUUAUACUUGGGUGGUAGUCGAUGACCAAUGCUAAAAGCGGCUCUGUGAAGGCACAGCUCUCCUUGCCCACCUGCCCUGACCCAGCGAGCCCCAGCUUGCCCACGGCCGCUCUUUUCCCUGCCACCGUGCUGCAGAAGGUCGAGGCGCGACCAUUGACUGCUCUUCUCUGUCGUGUGCUAGCAGGAGCUUUAGUGGAACGGGAUUCAAGGAAGCACUUAGGAUAGUCUUUAACACAGCAAUCCUGUUGUAUUAAAGCUAGCGGGACAUACCGGUCACGUUUUUGUUAGGCUCAUGUACUGUACUUCAAAAGUUUCUAUGAGAUCGAUGAACUUUGUUUAACAAUUUUGGAAGGAACAAGUUCUGUAAAGAGCCACUAAAUACAGAAGUUGGAUACGA